AUGAAGGACAAGAGGCAUGUGCAUCAUAAUAGAGGAAAACCAUACUCUUUUCCUCCUAGUAAAUCUGGAAGUCGUCCGAAUUAUCAACAAUACAGUUUUUCAGUUGGAAAAGGAGCUAAUAGUGGUAAUGGAAAAGGAAAUGGAAACAGUUAUAAUUAUGGGAGUGGUAGAGGAAACCCCAAUGGACGAGGAGUUAGUAACGAAAAUAGUAACAUGAGUCAAGUCUCGCACAAAAACCAUGGUUAUAAUGGUGAUCCAGCUACUCCUAUCCGAUGUCACAGGUGUGGUAAGCAGGGUCACAUGGCAUACGAAUGUGAUCCAGCUACUCCUAUCCGAUGUCACAGGUGUGGUAAGCAGGGUCACAUGGCAUACGAAUGUAGAGAUGCUGGAGUUACUUGUUUUAAUUGUCAACAAGGCCACAUUAGCACCACAUGCCCCUACCCAAGGAAGACUCCACAGCCUGGAAACCAGAGUUCCCUAGCCAGCCGACCUAAAUCUAAUGGAAGAGUCUUUGCCCUCGGUGGUGCAGGAGCGUAUGUGAAAGACAACUUGAUCCAAGGUACAUGUCUCAUAAGUGAUACUCCUUUAUUUGUACUAUUUGAUUGUGGUGCCACUCAUUCCUUUGUGUCUCUUAAUUGUGUUAGACGUUUAGGACCACUUGUAUCUCGUUUACGAUAUGAUUUGAUUGUGAAUACCCCAACUAGUGAUUUUGUUGAUACCUCUAGUGUUUGUCUUGACAUUUCUAUCCAUGUCUAUGUAAGGGACUUCCGAUUGACUUAG